AUGGCGCGGGCGGCUCCCACGACGGGUGCGCCCCCAAGUACGAGGGCCAACCUACCUCGCUCGACGUCAACUGCGACGGCACCUACGACAAGCUCGACGACGACUCCGGCGACUUCGACGACCAUGCCGACAUGCCCGCAGAACGCGGCCGCGAAUGACAUCCGCAUGGACAACACCGACCCAUUUCGUUCCAGAUGGAUCGGUUCGGGCGCUCCGCACACCCGGGUGCAGAAGUUGGGCUCCGAGCGCAUGCAUUGGGGCGCUGCGAAAUGCGACUCAGAGGGCAUGAACAAGUACAAGGGCAAGUACAACCACAUCCACUUGGAUGUCACGAACUACUUGUGA